AUGCCAUACGUUCCAUCCCCAAAGAGUAGGAGAUCUUCGGCUCCUUCAUUGUCAACUUUUUCCCUUUCGUCUUCCCCCUCUUCAGUCUCCGAGUUUGCCAAACAUGAACAUGCCUCUCCUUCCCCCGUCAACAGAGACAACGGCCAUUUGUCUUGUAUUGGACGGAAACUGUCAGAAAUGAACAUCUCCUCAAGAGAGGGUUCUUCCGGAGACUCCGAGUAUAAUGAUGGCCAUUUUAUACAAAGGAACAACCAAGCUAAUGUUUCCUCGUCCUUCACAACGCCGGCCUCUAAUCCCCCUGUUCCUCAGGUUUCACCAUUGGCAGAGGACGCCUUGCCGUUAUCGCUCUCCUUCAUUAGGAGGCCGUCACGAUCUGCAAGUAUGGACCUGGAUGUAGAUAUAGAGCGUAUCAUGAAACAUAAUACCCUGAUAAAUUCGAGGUCCUUCACAAGCCAGAAUCCUCCCUCAUCUCCAGAACUUUCGGAACCAUCAUCACCUCGGCAAUCAUCAUUUGAUGAUGAUAUGGCAUCUCCCAUUUCCCCACUGGUAUCUCAAACAGAAUCAAACCAUCAAACUUGUAGAAUCCCCGCUGGAUAUACAAGUCCCCUAGUGAGGAAGAAAUCCGGUGAGUUGUUGAAAUCUUCAUUGCGCUUAAAUGCUGCCUUCAAAUCGUCAGGUGCGGUUUCCAUGCCUACUACUCCAACGUAUAAGCAGGUACAUUUUGGUACAAAUAUACAUGUCAAGUACUUUGACGAAAAGGAUAAACCAAGCUCAAUUAGUGCUGGUAAUUCGCCUUUUAAUUCUGAUGAUGAUCUUUUGGGUGAAGAUGACGAAGAAGAUGUAAAUACUGGCGAUGAAGAUGAGGAUGAUAAUGAUAAUGAUAAUGAUAAUGACGAUGAUACCCAAACACUUGUUGAAGGUUCCGAAUUCGAUACUUCGGAAAUGGAGUGUCGUGUUCAAUUAUGUAAAAAGUUUUACAAAUAUUCUAAGAAACUCGUGGAGCAGGACUCACUUUCACAUUUAGAAAAAUUCAAAAAAGUAGCAAGAAUAUGGGAUUUGGAUCUGUCUGAAUUCAGCAUGAUAUCAUAUAGGGAUCAAAUAGACUGUGAAGUGCCUGUCUUUGUCGAACGAUGUUUCUUGAACCUUCACAAGACAAAAGUUAUAGGACAAAUUGCUGUUAAAAACAUUUCCUUUGAUAAAAGUGUUAAAGUUAGGUAUACCUAUGAUAACUGGAACACCGUCAUCAAUGUUGAUGCUGAAUAUACUUCAGAUAUUCCAAGAGUGCUAAAAAGAGCGGGCUAUGAUCGUUUUGUCUUUGAGCUAUCGACACCUUUCUUAAUUUCAAUGUUUUUCCAAAAGAACAGUUAUAGAAGUGAGCCAGCUAUUUAUUUUUGUAUACAAUACACUUCGGGGAAUCAAGAAUUUUGGGACAAUAAUCACUCGAAGAACUACACGCUAAGAUUCUUAAUUGAUACCCGACAAAAUUCGUCCUUUCCAGACCAGGAACCAUUGAAAAAAUGUGCCAAUGAUCCAAAUUGCCCAAACGAUUCAUACUUCCAUCAUACUGGCUCCACAAAAGUGAUUCGUAAUCGUGAUAAGACUACUUCAGAAAAUAUACCACAUCCUACUGCUGAAAAAAAUAAAAAUAGCGCUUAUAGUAUAGAUCCAUCUUUUGGUAAGUUGAAGAGGUCUCGGAGCUUUGAUAAAAGAACUAAUGUCAGUAAGCUCAUCAAAUCUCCUGAAUUUAUCGCAAAGGGAGGAACAAAUCAAGAUCUACUUAAGACUCGAUCUUGCUCUCCUACCAGCUUAAGGAACACUGGUCUAAAGGAUAAUUUCUUAAACCAGGGAAUUGACCCAAUAGAUAGCUCUGGUCUCAAAGACGAAAAUGAGUAUAUUCUUUUCAGACUGAGAGAAGUGAAAAAUGAAGAACCUUCAGAUUUUGAACGUACAGAUAGUAAGGCAGCAUUAGACGAAAUCCAUCGAAUUACUGAUACAAAAACUUACCAAGUUAAUGAAGAUACUCACACAGAUUCUAAAGACAAUAAUAAAAAUUAUAAAAACCACCAGGAUAAUUGUGUUGAUGCUAAAACUGAUUCAAAGAAGGAGGAAAAUCUCCUAAAAUCCAAAAAUUCCACUAAUGAAUACAAAGGUAUAGAUAAUGAAAGUUACAAGGCUUUGGUCAAUAAAUAUUGUUUCUUCAAUGGACCAAGCACGGUUUCAUCUUUUUUGGCAGAAGAAGAAACGAAUACCUCAAAUUUGUAUGACUCCAAGUUUUAUUAG